GGCAGCUGCCAGAUUACACCCAGACAGCAAGGUGUCACAGACACAGAACCGGCUAAGUCUACCUGAUACGUCGCCCAUCAAAGGAUCCUUCCAAUUCAAUCUCCCAGCCUAGGAAUACUAUCUGUCAAGAUGUCUAUCAACAUGGGCGUAACACCAGACUACGAAGACUACGAUGGCAGCACCAGCCUGACCACUGAGGAUCUGGAGUCUCCGUGUGACAAGGGCAUCGUGCGCUCAUUUCGGGGUUACUACGAGCCCCCCCUCUACUGGACGAUCGUGGUCCUCGGCGGCAUUGGCAACAUUCUGGUGGUGUGGAUCUACCUGCACUUCCGCAACCGGCUGAAGACCAUGACCGACGUGUACCUGCUCAACCUGGCCGUGGCUGACCUGCUGUUCCUUGGGACCCUACCCUUCUGGGCGUCGGACGCCGUCCAGGGGUGGACCUUCGGCUCCGGGAUGUGCAAGAUGGUGUCGGCCGUCUACAAGAUCAACUUCUUCAGCAGCAUGCUCCUGCUUACCUGCAUCAGCGUGGACCGCUACAUCGCCAUCGUUCAGGCCACCAAGGCCCAGAACUCCAAGAGGAAGAGGCUCUUCUACAGCAAGGUGGUGUGUCUGUGCGUGUGGGUGCUGGCCAUUCUGCUGGCCAUGCCAGAGUUCCUUUUCGCCACCGUCAAGGAGGACUACGAGAAUAACUCCUUCUGCACCAUGGUCUACUUGAACAACCAGAACAACCGCACCAAGAUCCUGGUCCUCUCCCUGCAGAUCUGCAUGGGCUUCUGCCUGCCCUUCCUGGUCAUGUUCUUCUGCUACUUCAUCAUCAUCCGCACCCUGUUGCAGGCCAGGAACUUCGAGAAGCACAAGGCUCUGCGGGUGAUCCUGGCCGUGGUGGCUGUGUUUGUCCUCUCGCAGCUGCCGUACAACAGCGUGCUGGUGGUGGAGGCCGUGCAGGCGGCCAACACCACCAUGACGGACUGCCAGGAAGCCCAGCGCUUCGACAUCGCCAGCCAGGUGUUGACCAGCCUGGCCUACACCCACAGCUGCAUCAACCCCUUCCUCUACGCCUUCAUCGGGGUACGCUUCCGCAAGGACCUGGUCAAGGUGUUUCAGGCAUGUACGUGCAGACAAGUCAAGUUCAGCAAAGCGUCAGGAGGCCCCAAGAGGUCUUCUGUGAUGUCAGACACCGAAACCACCCGGGCUCUGUCAUUGUAGCCCCGAGAGAUGCUCUGUAUCCACUUUUAGUCACGCGGGCAGGUUUUGGCCUACAGGACUACGUCAGCAUGAUGAGCCAGAACUGGCCUGAAAUCGGUUCCUCAGCAAUACUGUCCUAGUGCUGAGUUUUUUUGGGGGACUGUAAUGGGUCAGUUCAGGGAAAAAUGUAAGGAUGUGACAAGCCCUUUCUACUGGGAAAGCUCGAAAAGACUGAUAUGCGGAAAGUAUGAAUAUAAGAGGCAGAUAGUUUCUUCAUCAGGGACAAUGGACUUGGCCUCUUAGAAAGAAAAUGGUGGAACUCUUUCAUAAUAUGGUUGUUUGCUCUAUUGCAGGCCUCACUGGAUGAGGUCUGAGUGUGGGGACUGGAAAGCUACAAGGAAUUCCCCUAAAAUAUCUCUCUAAAAUUACCACAUCGCAUCUUUUACUUUUCAUUUUGUUUCUGGCAGCACUUGCCCUACCUUGAAAACCACACCGUUCUUUCCGUUCUUUUGACUUUCCUGAAUGUCAAAAGAAAAUGUUUUUAAGCUAUUCUUCUCUCUAGACACUGGUCAAAAUAUCUGGUCAAAAUAUCUCCAACACCCCAGGGCAGUGAUGGGGACACUGUGCUGUUAGAGUAGCUGUCUUCCAGAUGAGAUGUUUGUGUACUUAUUUAAAAAGCUUUUUGCUUUUGAAUGUGCUGUUCGAUUUGUACUGUAAAAUGCUGCUUUUCUCAGGACACAUUUCUGUUUUAUACUGUCUUGUCUGUUUUUUAUACUUGUAAAUAACAACAAAUAAAUCCAAAAAAAUUCAACAAA